GGAGGAAGUGCGUUCGUGUUUCAUAUCCGUGGCGUUAAUAAAGUGUGAUUACCACAGCCCAGCCCAUCCGUAACAUAGCGAACUUCGACUCUGUGAGUAAGUGAUGUAGCCUAAUUAUGAUUGUUGUCCUGUUUACUGUUUUGAUAGCAACCCAACUCGCCAUAUCACUCCGAAUACUACAGAAGCCUGCAAACUGCAUGCAAGAGGGGCUAAACUGUACAGUCCAUAUAAACAACUGCCCCAGCGAGGGCUGGGUAAUAGCGGACAGAAUGGAAGUCCCAACGUCAUUCCCAGAAGAGCCGCUACUCAGCUGGACUAUUCUACCGGAUGAGGAAGGCCGACUUGCUCCUAUUCUGCUUCUCCACUGGAGAGCACCGUCCGAUGCGUCUAUAAAGAAAAUGCAAGGCAGUGAAGUGACCGUGUUGGAGAAGUGUACUAAUCAGAGGAUUUGCAUUCGCUACAUUUUUAACAACACCUUAACCUCAAAUCUCAACCGAAUAUACAAACCUUGGUCAUUCUCAUCAGACAGCGUUGUGGUAGACCCGGGGUGCCAGUACUCAAUCUCUUUCUCCCACUUGCCCAAACUAGAGGGAGAGAGAAAUAGUCCCUGCACCAUCACAAAAGACAUUUCAAUUCCUGACUGCAACAAUUCCUCAAUCAAAGAAAGUGAUGUAUGUGUUAAGCAAGGAAGCCUUUGGCAGCCUAACAUCACAUGGACUGAAUCACAAAGUGAAUUUAACCAAUUGGUCAUUUUGAUAAGCUUUGACAAGUGGAUAUAUUCUGAGAAUUAUAAAGUUGAGAUCAGCGGCAGAGCGUUUAAUGAUUCUCACAACAUUCAAAAGGCCAAUCAGAAGAGACUGAAUACAACCUUCACAUUCAACCUACGGUCGCUGACUCAAUCAAAUGAACCAUGCCUAUUGUCUAUUGUGAUCACACCAUUUUCUGAGCGAUGCAUAAGACACUGUGUGAAUCACUGGGACAACAUAAAUAUCUGUAACUACACUUCCUUACCUACUAGAAAGAGACUUGCUUGGAUCAUUCCUAUACAACUUUUGGUGGUACUGUCUGGAGGUUAUCUUGCUGUUUUGCUGCAUAGGUGUUUUCAUGGAGAUCUCUCCCCAACUAUAAGCCCCAAGACCGACCAAUUAGAGAUCAUCCCGAUGAGGACCCAGAGAGUUCUCAUCCUCUACUCCGUUGACCACCCGCUCUACAAGGAGAUCAUCCUGAAGCUGUGCGCCUUCCUAAGGGCCAAGUGCGGCGCCGAGGUGGCCCUGGACCUGCUGGACUCGGCCUGGCUGAGUGCCGUCGGCAAGGUCCAGUGGCUGGAGAUGCACAGGGAGCGGGCCGGCCGCUCGCCCUCCGACAAGAUCCUCAUCCUGUGCUCGCGGGGCGUGGCCGCUAAGUGGAGGGCCAUGUGCGGUAGCGGGCACGCCGUGACGCUGCGCGAAGACCAGGCGUCCGUCAUGGGCGACAUGCUUAUGCCUGCCCUGGCCCUCAUCGUGCCCGACUUCGUGCACUCCGCAUCUCUAGAGAGGUACAUGGUGGCGUACUUUGAGGAGGUGAGCGGCGAGGCCGACGUGCCCUCACUCUUCCACAUGACGGUCAAGUACAAGCUGAUGAAGCACUUCGAGGAGCUGGUCUUCAGGAUCCUGGACCAGGAGCAGAACGAGCCCGGCAGGGUCAAGCACAUCUACGGCAUCGCAGAGGACGACUACUUCCUCUGUCCAACCGGAAAGGCCCUGCGAGAUGCCAUUGAGGCUUUUCAGGCAUACCAGCUAGACAACCCUGACUGGUUUAAUCAAGAGCUUGUAGGUCAUACAGGGGAGAAAGGUAUUGGCUCAGAUUGCGAGCCUCCUGUAGAGAGUGUGUGUAGCCAUAUUCAGGAGGUCCAGGGCAGCGAGGUAUCCUCUCUCCUCACCAAUAUGGAGUUAAAUCAAGCUGUGUCCUAUGCAAGCAGCAACACAGAAAACACAUAUGUAUACUCGUCAGCUAAUGAACUUGUGUUAGCAGUCUCUCCUGCGAUCACCCAGUGCCAGGUGUAUUUGAAAGACAAUGAUUGUUCAAGGUACAAUAACAAAUUAUUCACUGCACAUGCAUUUUGUUCAGAAAAACUCAAAGUAAGUGAAGAAUCGCACAGGACAAAAAAAUAAAGUAAUAAUAAAAAUAAAUAAAGGACAUUUCCAGCAUGACUGUGAGCUGAAUGUCACACCUGUGCAUUCUAGUCACUCAUCCUUCCAGAUGAAUGUACCAUCAGGGUCCUUGUGUUUUUAGGGUGAGUCGCGUCACUGCAGAUUAGAUCAGCAUUCUGCAUGUCCAAGUGUGCUUGAUGACCUUACUCUAUGGAGUGAAAUUAACUAAGCGUAGCCUAUAUUCCCAGGCCUGUCUUGUAAUAGUAAUGCAUUAUUUUAAAAACCAAGUGUGAAGCUAUCUUGUAAUUAGUAAGUGAUUCAGUGCAGGUGCAAGUGUGUUCAUGGAUGUUUGUACUAAAUAAAUGUUUUUUGCUUUCAAGCUCAUGUGUGUCACAGACCUAUUCAAAUUGUACAUAGACAGCAAAGCAAGAAUAAAUGCAUUUGCCAUGAUCAACAAUAAAAAGCUACCUUUUCACCUGA